AUGAUUUUCAAACGCGAUUCCAAGUUAUCUAGAGAGAAUGAUUCACUUAAGCAACCAGUUGCACCCACAAAUUCAAAACAUCUUCCACCUGAAUUGAAAAAAUAUUGGAAUCAACGUUAUUUGUUGUUUUCGUUGUAUGAUGAAGGCAUUAUGAUAGAUGAAGAAGGAUGGUAUUCAGUGACACCAGAAUAUUUAGCAGAAUAUAUUGCUAAACGUUGUGCUUGCGAUACAAUAAUUGAUGCUAUGUGCGGUGUGGGUGGAAAUACAAUCCAAUUUGCAAAGACGUGUAAAAAAGUGAUUGCAAUUGAUAUAGAUGAAAAAAAAUUACAUUACGCCAAAAAUAACGCCAGUAUUUACGGAGUAGAAGAUAAUAUCGAAUUCAUUUUAGGAGAUGUUUAUGAUUUGAUACCUAAAUUGAAGGCUGACGUGGUGUUUUUGAGUCCACCUUGGGGAGGGCCAUCUUAUCUUAAGUCAAAAGGUUAUGAUAUUAAGACAAUGAUACCAGUAGAUGGCGAAAGAUUGUUCCGAGAAACAAGAAAUAUCACAAAAAAUAUUGCAUAUUAUGUUCCCAAAUCUAUAAAUUUUGACCAGAUGAGAAAAUUAUGCGAUCCUGAUGAAGUAUGUGAAUUUCAACAAGUAAUUGUUUGGGAGAAAAUUAAAUCAUAUGUAGCAUAUUAUGGUAACUUAGUGGGUAAUCAUUCUAGUGAAGUAAUCAAAGUUCCAAAAUAUUGGGCCAAUGAUACUUCUGACAAUUAUAUUCAGUCGGAAGAAAAUUAUGAUAAUUUAGUUGAUAAUAAUCUUAGUAAAGAAAUUAAAGUUUCAAAAUAUCGGGUUAAUGAUAUUUCUGAUAACUAUAUUAAUUCAGAAGAAAAUUAUGAUAAUUUAGUGGGUAAUAAUCUUGAUGAAGAAGUCAAAGUUUCAAAAGAUCAGAAUAUAAAAGAUUAA